AUAAAACGAUGCGUAACGUAAUUAUCGGUCAACAUAGAGCGAUAGAACAAGGGCAAGGCAAAGAUUCUUCCUUUUCCCCUAAUACCACUCUUUUUUAUCGGAAAACUUUAGAACAUUAGAGAGAGAGAAGGCAAAUGGCAGCGUCGGGAGUAGCAGGACCGACGAGAACGGAGGUUUUACAGCUUUACCGGUCUCUUCUGCGAGUGGCGCGUCAGUUCAGCGACUACAACAUAAGGGAGUACUCAAAACGGCGAACCAUUGACGCGUUUCGAGACAACAAGAACCUAACCGACCCUUCCCAGCUCUCCGCCGCUUUCUCCGACGGUAAAGCUCAGCUGGAAGUCGCCAAAAGACAAGCUUUGGUUUAUUCACUCUAUGCUCCAAAGGUCAAAAGCAUAAUGGAUAUUAAGCCUUCUUAGAAAAUAUUUAUCAUUACAUUUUGACUUGUUCCCUUAGAGAAAUAAAAAGGAGUAAACUGCGAUUCAUUGAGAUAAAUAUUGAAUUUUAUACUGUAUGAAGUGAUUUUUGUUAUGUAUACACUGUUUUGGAUAAAUGCCAUGUAGGGUUUUGUUUGUUUUAUACUA